AUGGAGUCGUCGGAGGAACCACCGAGUAAACGCCGAUGCGACAAGAAACGCGUACGGGUAACUCGCGCUUGUGAUACCUGCAAAAGGGGAAAAGUGCCCCAUGUUCGUAUAGCCCAGCAGCCGGUGCAGGAGAGUGAUGAGCAACAGAAACAGCAGCAAUUGGAUCCUACUGUGGAAGCAGCUAGGUUGCCACCUUUGCUUCAUUCUCGCCUCAACAUAACAGAAUCAAGUCAACCGACUGAUAAUCCACCAUCUCGCGCAUCUCUUGAGCCCCAUCAAACAGAUUUGGAGGGUCACUAUGUCGGCCCUUCGUCCGGCGUCUCGUUCCUGGUUCGGGCGCAAAGAAAAUUGUAUAAAUACUUGGAGCUGCCCGUCAACGCGCCCAUAUUCACCUUUGGGGACAGUCCGUUGCCAAGGGGCGAGUCAGCCUUCAUGCUACUGCCUCCAAAAAAGGAGGCCAACGCGCUCGUGGCAAGAUAUUUUGAUUUUGCUUUCCCCACACAUCGCUUCCUUCACCAACAGCAGGUCGAGGGCUGGGUUGAUGAAUUCUAUACUGCCGUACUAAGAUCUGAAGCUGUCAGUCCCAGUAUGCGAGGGAAACGCGCUGUGGUACUUAUGGUUUUCGCUCAAGCAAAGCAAUGUCAGUCAGACUCGGAUCAAACCCCAGCCAACUUGUCAACAACCAGGUUCGUCAGCUGCCCUGUCCGCUUGACGAGUGUACAGGCGCGGCUGGCUCAAUGUUUCUAUCUUCUGUCUCAGUCUCGCAUCAAUCACUGUUGGAGUUUAUUCGGGACGACAGCUCGGCUCGCUAUGACCAUCGGUCUGCAUCGCACCCGGAAGCGAGAAAUUGGCGCCGGUAUCGAUCAUGUUGAUUUUGAAUGUCGAAAGCGUGUCUUUUGGUGCGCAUACAGCCUGGACAACUAUCUCAGUGCCGCCUUAGGUCGCCCACGAAUAUUCCAUGAUGAUGACAUUGACCAAGACUUUCCUGCGGUUGUUGAUGACUCUCAAAUUCUCCCAGACCAGAUUCUUCCCUUGGCAGGGAAUUCACAGAGUAUAAUGCUGGCUCCCUUAUACCAUGCCAAACUGUCGGUCAUUAUUGGCCGUAUAUUACAUGACAUGUACGGAGCUCACAGAUCAAGCUCUCAAGUAGAAGCAUUAGCCGCCGCUCAACAUGGCGCAGAUCUUACCUGCUGGCGCCAGGAAAUUUCCAGAUUUCUUGACUCCUCGAAUGUUGACCUUUUGAUGCUAAUAUACCAACGCCAAUAUACGGUGCUAAACCUAGCCUUUUACCAUGCGCAGACUUUGCUCUAUCGACCAUUCAUGAUAAAGCACCUUGGAACUUUUAUGGAUCGGGAUAAACAACGAAAUGACUCUCAUAGCGAAACUAUGAAUCAGUACAUUCAAAUUUGUCUUAUAGCUGCCACGAAGAUUGCCACGAUGAUUCGUGAACUUUGUGAAAAACACCGAAUGUACAGCACGUUUUGGUUUACCCACUAUUACGGAUUUUCCGCCAUCAUGAUUUUGUAUGUGCGAGUCAUUCAGUUGGCUGCGCAAAAGGGCAACCCGGAGGAAGUUCUAAAAUAUCUACAAACAGGGGAGCAAGCCCAACGGGACCUGGCCACUUGUGGCUCACGGUCUUCCUUCGUGCAACGCUACAUCGUUGUUUUGGAGGAGCUUCGCCAAGAAGCCCGGACCGCGGUGAAUCAGGAUGGCCAUCACCAAGAACCAAAUGCCAUUAGAGAUAACACACUCUCCUAUGGUCAUGAAAUACCGGAAAUUGGGGUCUCUACCUACCAUGCGGGCGUCCAGUCGGACGAGUUGGAGUCUGUGAAUGGGCCACUGCAUAUCAAUAAAGGGAUGGUUGAAAAUCGCAGCGUUGAAGAUCCUGGGGGGCUAAGAGGCUCCAAUUUGAUGAUGAUCCCCUCGAUGCAGCCUAAUCCACCACAAUGGCCAGAAGGCGGAGUUGAGGAUAACUUACCUAUUGACAAAACCACCCUUUCAUAUGCAGCAAUUUUUGGGAUUGACGAAAGCCUUCAUCUAGUUGGUACUCAGUAUAGCUGGUUGUCCUCAAUUUUCUAUUUUGGGUUCUUGGCGUGGCAACUACCGACGAAUCUCUUAAUGCAACGACUUCCCACCGCAAAAUAUAUGGGCGUGAACAUCAUUUUAUGGGGGGUCUUCCUUGCCCUUCAAGCUGUUUCAAAAAACUUCGCAACACUCGCUGUACUCCGAGGGCUUAGUGGCGCUGCAGAGGCCUGUGCCGAUCCCUCUUUCAUGAUUAUCACCAGCAUGUGGUAUAAACGAAGCGAGCAGCCUAUUCGAAUUGGAAUUUGGUACUCAUCCCUGGGACUAGGUAUUGCAGGCGGUGGGGUGCUUGGUUAUGGGAUUGGCAAAAUAAAAGGCUCCCUACCCAGCUGGAAAUAUGAAUUCGUCAUCAUUGGCGCUUUGUGUUUCUUAUGGGGAAUCGUCAUGCUCGUGGUGCUUCCCGAUUCGCCAUUAACUACUAAAUAUCUUAAACAAGCAGAACGAACUAUUAUGAUCAACCGACUACGGGAGAACCAGACCGGAAUUGAGAACCGGCAUUUCAAAAUGCACCAGUUUGUAGAAGCAAUCACUGACUUCAAGGUCCAUCUUUUCUUCCUCAUUGCCUUUUUCCAGGCUAUUGUCAACGGAGGAGUCACUAAUUUCGGUACACUUAUCAUUCAAGGAUUUGGGUUUUCGACUCUCGGAACUACCUUGCUCCAGAUUCCAUAUGGAGUCUUCAUCUCUGUGGUCAUUCUUUCCUGUGUCUGGAUUAACGCAAAAAUGCCGCCUAACAGUAGAUGUCUCAUGCUGCUGAUUUUCUUGGCGCCUAAUAUUGCCGCUGCCUUUGGUCUUCGCUUUGUGCCCCAAAGUGCCAAGGUUGGCCGCCUCAUAUGUUACUACCUUACGGGAUCCUAUAAUGCAUCAUUUGUGAUGCUAUUAUCUUUGACUACUACCAACAUAGCAGGGCAUACAAAAAAGGUGACAGCCAGUGGGGUCCUCUUCAUCGGUUACUGCACAGGGAAUAUUGCCGGUCCCUUCUUCUAUAAGAACAACCAGAAACCCCUGUACUCGCUCGGUAUAUGGAGUAUGAUUGUUUCUCACCUGCUGGAGGUCGUUUGUGUGGUGAUAUUGUGGGUUUAUUUGCGGGGUGAGAACAGAAGAAGAAAUAAGAAUCAAGGCAUUGGUGGAAAUGCUUCUCAGCCUAGCCAUUAUGUGGGAACAUUGGAGGACAUGACCGAUAAAGACAAUCAGAAUUUUCGUUAUGUGUUCUAG